UUGACCCUCGAUGGCAGCAUCCUCGAGGCUUGGGCCGAAGGGUACAAUGUUGGCUCUCUCAUCAUCCUCAUCCUCAUCGUCUUCUGCAACUACCGUGCUAAAGUGAUGCUGCACAAGCUCAUUCUGCUCGAGCUGGUUCUUGCACUAUGGCAUGGCACGUUUAUUUUUGCCCAAGAUCCAUACUAUGGAUGGUAUCUAAGCGCAACCGCAACCUUAUUGUUCCUCUCAUACUUCUUACACAACAUAAUCUCCUGGCUGAAGAUUCGUCCCUUCUUGCCUCGCUGGGGCAGCAGAGUAUUCAUUGGGACCCUGAUUGCGGUCCAGCCGUUUUGGAUCGUCGAGUGCUGGUCCAACUGGGAAUACUUCAAUGGACUCGGCAUCAGAGUCAACGUCAGCACCCGGCCAUGGGAAGCUCUUGCCCGCGAUCCAUGGUGGAUUUUCACAACAUGGAAGCUGAUUGAUGCCAUCAAGAAGACAUAUGGAUUCAAGAUCUGGGGACUUAUCAAAAUCAGCCCUCGCUUCGGAGUUAUGAUAGGGUGUAUGGCGCUAUCCAUCGUCUUCCUCUUGACGGACGUCAUUGUUACGGCUCUACACAUCACGCACAACGCAGGCAUCAAUCCAUACUGGCGUUUCGCGUUGGUAUUCAAGUGUGCCUCUGAUACGAUUUUCCUAGACGACUUCAAAUCCGUCCUCGAUGACAUUGUUGCUCGCUCCUUUAGCAACACAGGCGGUCGCGUG